AAAGGAAGUACCAAAGAUGGACAAAAUUUUUAAAGAUAAGAAUAGAGAUGAUGAGAUAAACAGGAUCUUUGAAGCUUAUGAUGAUGACAUGGAUGGCAAGAUCCCUCUAUCUUUUCUCAUCGAGCAAGUGCAGAUGCAAGGAUUUAAUAUGCUAGAGGAGAAGUACAGAUUUCAAGAAAUUCAAGAGUAUAUUAACUCCUUGCCCUUGAAAUCAAAGAGUGAAAUAGAUUGAAACCAUUUUGCGAAGUUGAUCGAGAUGACUGAUGGAGAGUUCAUUGAGAAAGCAUUAUUAGGCAAACUGAUCGUUCCAGAUUUCAGUGAGUUCACUGAGAGCAUUGCAAAGAUCUAUGAUAUCGUUGAGCACGUCAAGGAUGGUGAGAAUGCUAGCUAUAUUCCUCAGCUAGCAGAGGUAGAUUCUAACUUGUUCUCAAUUGCUGCAUGAACUGUUGAUGGCCAACAAUGUGAUAUUGGAGACUCUGACACUUACUUUUGUGUCCAGAGUUGCUCAAAAGCCAUCACUUAUUGCAUUGCAGUUGAAGAGAGUGGAAUUGACUACGUUCAUAAACAUGUUGGUAAAGAGCCCUCUGGAGCUAGUUUUAACAAAAACUUCUUAAAUCCUCAAAAUCUUCCUCACAACCCAAUGAUCAAUUCUGGAGCCAUCAUGACUGCAGCUUUGGUUUCUCCAGACUUGGAGAUGUAUAAGAGAUAUGAAUAUGUAAAGAAGUUCUGGUCAAGCUUAGCUGGAGGAGCCAGGAUUGGCUUCCAGAAUGCUACAUACCUUAGUGAGAAGGAUACUGCUUCAAGAAAUUUCUGCUUAGGACAUAUGAUGAAGGAUGCCAAAGCAUUUCCAGAGAACAUCAAUUUGGAGGAAGUACUAGAUUUUUAUUUCCAAAUCUGAUCGCUUGAAACUACUUCAAAGGAUAUGGCAAUCAUCGCAGCUUCCUUAGCAAAUGGAGGAGUUUGCCCAAUGACAAAGAAGAGAAUUUUCAAAGAAGAUACAGUUAAUCACUGUCUCUCCCUCAUGCACUCAUGUGGAAUGUACGAUUAUUCUGGAGAGUGGGCAUAUUCCGUUGGAAUCCCAGCCAAAAGUGGAGUAGGAGGCUGUGUCUUCCUCGUUGUUCCAAAGGUAAUGGGAAUUUGUAUUUUCAGCCCAAGACUAGACUCAAGAGGUAACUCUGUUAGAGGAAUUGAAGCCAGUAAAUUGCUACUAAAGGAGUAUACCAUGCAUAGAUAUGACAACCUCAAGGGUGUAGUCACUCCUUUCUCCCACAAAGUAUCCUUGUUACAGUCAAUGGCAGAACAAAAGAAUGAAUUCACCAAAGAUUUGUUGAAUGCUGUGGCUGAUGAUGAUCUUCAUCAUCUUCAGUGUAUUCUAGAAGAAGUCAAGGAGGAAAAUUUUGAUAUUAAUUCUAUCAAAGAUUAUGAUGAUGUUACUCCAGCCCAUGUUGCUUGCUCUUUUGGUCAUGAAGAAAUCCUCCAUUAUUUGAUCGAACUGGAUGCCGAAUUUAGAGACAUUACCGAUAAAUGGGGUAAAAGUCCAUUAGACAGAGCUUCUGAGGCAGGACAUAAAGAAGUAGUAAAGAUAUUGCACAAACUUUAUCAUUCAGACCGAGACCACUCCACUGGUGAUAGAGAUUAA